GUGGAGUUAGAAAUAUGGGACACGGCGGGUCUGGAAGAUUACGACCGGUUACGUUCCCUGUCCUACCCCGAUACACAUGUCAUUCUGCUGUGCUACAGUAUAGACCAUCCUGUCAGUCUGGAGAACGUCUUGCACAAUUGGACGCCAGAGGUCAAACAUUUCUGUCCAAAUGUCCCGGUCAUCCUAGUUGGCAACAAGAAAGACCUGCGCAACGACCCACGGACCAUUGAGAACCUGGCUAGAUCCAAACAAAGUCCAGUCAAGGCUAAGGAGGGGCGAGCCAUGGCAGAUAGGAUUGGUGCAGCCGCUUAUGUUGAAUGUUCAGCUCACACGAAGAAUGGAAUUCAUGAAGUUUUUGAAGUAGCAACCAGACACGCCUUAAAUAUAAGCAAAAGUGGCAAGAGAAAGUUCAAAAAGUGUAGGAUACUUUGAACAUCUUUAAAAGAUUCUCAUGUAAUAUUUUGAAUUGUAAAAAAAAAAUCCUUUAAAGUGUUUUUCUCGAGCAAUAUGAAGGACUAUAAACAUUUUCCGAGGUCAAAUCCUAAAUUUACUUGGACGAGAUGAAAAAUCCUUUAGUUGACUUGACAAACAUUCCAUGAAUAUCAAGGAUUAAUUGUGACACACGUAAGAUAAUGUGUUGUGAAAUUGUAUGUGUGGAAUUAAAAUAUAAAUUCAUGACUUAAAGUAUGUAUGUGAUGAAAUCUUGAAUGUGACAUUUCAAAUGUGCUAUAUGAGGUAGUUUGGUGGAUGUAAGAGUAUGUGUGUUUUAAAAUGUAGAUCUAUAUGAGAUAUUUUGGUGGAUGUGAGAGUAUGUGUGUCUGACAUACUGAACAUAUGUGAAGUUUUAAAAUGCGAGAUGUUAUAAAUAUAAUGAAUAUGAGAUUAUGUGUGUGACAAACUAAACAUAUGUGACAUAAAAACAAGAUGUAUAUGUGGCUUAAUGUACG